CGGUAAUGACCGCAUCGCUACUUCUCUUGAACAUUUUUGAGACACAUCAGAUAAUUAAGCUCCUAUCAUCCAAGCUUCCUAAGUAUGCUGGCACAUCAAACAUGGCGGAGCCCACAUUCAAACCCGCUCUGAUCAUCGUCGAUCUCCAGGAGGAUUUCUGCCCACCUAACGGCUCCCUCGCUGUCCCCUCGGGCCGCGACAUAAUCACCAUCAUCAACCAUCUCCUCACCCUCCCCUUCGCCCUCAAAAUAGCAACCAAGGACUGGCAUCCCGCUGACCACAUCUCGUUCGCCUCCUCGCACCCCCAGAAGAAACCCUUCGCCGACACCGUAACAGUUAUCAACCCGUACAACUCCGCGGAGACUUACAAGUCCCGUCUCUGGCCUGACCACUGCAUCCAGGACACGCCCGGCGCAGAACUCGUCCCGGAGCUGGAUGUCAGUAAAAUUGAUAAGGUAGUGGAGAAGGGUAUGAGAAAGGAGGUGGAAAUGUAUUCUGCUUUCUAUGAUCCGUUUACUAGACCGAGAGUUAGUGAUAGUGGAUUGGCGGAUAUGUUGAGGAAUGCGGGCAUCACGCAUGUUUACGUCGUAGGACUGGCCUUUGAUUAUUGUGUUAGGGCGACGGCAGAGGAUGCUCACCGGGAGGGCUUUAAAACGGUGAUUGUGAGAGAGGGAACGGCCGCUGUUGAUCGAGAUAAUUGGGCACAUGUGGACAGGGAGUUGGGGAGCAUGAAUGUGAAUGUUGUUGGGCUGGAGGGGAAAGAGGUUCAGAUGGUAAGAAAUCUUUAGAGAUUCGUGUUUGCGGUUAUGAUUACACUAUCUAUGAGGUUGCAUGGGAGCUGCCUCUGAAGAGGGAACACGGUGUUAAAGGAGUGGAAGGGCUACGAGAUAUCCCGUCUUAUGAUUUUGGAGGUAGAACAGCAAUGGGCUUUGAAUAAGCUAUCUUUUGAGCGGGCUUACUACAGAUGCAAGUGAUAAAUAACCACAAUAAUAUGGGUUGCUCAGGUGUUUGUGUGGGACAUCCGGAUUUCUUUAUAGUCUUGUUAUUCUCAAUGUUGUUGAUCACGAGACAAUCCAAUAUUCCUCUUUCGAGAAUGCUGGUUUACAAUCGAACAUAGAACACCAGCUGAUAGCUUGACUGCCUGUAUGUGAAUUUGACAUUUAUCCAGAUGUCCCGAGCGGCAUCGUUUGUUGGUUGAAAAGAUAAGGAGGGUUGCUUCCUGUGUCUUUAUUUGGACCAACAAGGAAGAAGUCACCACCGAAUACUUCUCGGCCACCCUUUUCUAGUUGUAAAGAUCAAUGAAAUAUACCAUAGAUACUGUUCAUUUAGAACAUUUGAAAAGCUCCGAUGAGUUUCAUAGGCAGCCAGUAACUGCUGUCGGAUCAACACCAACAAGUUUCGGUUUCGGUCACCGACAAAAACAUAGGAUUUGAACCGAAGAAUAACCACCAAAAAAAGAUGCCCAUCAACAGAGAUAUAAAACGAACGCCGCAUGAAGCGCAAGAAAAUAAUGCACUUCGUGAAAAUGCUUUUUUUCCCUCCUCAUCGGCUCGUCUGCGGGAUCAUCGAUUCACUUAGUCACGAAAUAGGGGUCGCAUUCAAGUCGCAUUCUUGUACUGUAGCCACCCUCGCCCCCCACUACCGACAAACCCAACGACAUUCGCUGGCUGCGCCUCCGUUGAUCGGCUUUGGAGAUGAUGAUUUGCUGGUUGCAAGAUCAGCAUACGCAACCCCCAAAGAUUGUUUGCUCGAGGGGGAAUAGGCAGAGAGGUAGAUACAGUAGGAGAGAGCGAUAGAUAAGAAGGCAUCAAAGAAGUCGAGGAACAAUAUCAAGACUCGAGCUUGAUAUUGUCUGCUCAAGUUCUUU